CACAUGAUUGCUGCGGUCGCUCUGUGCUGUGCGUCUCUUCCUGAGCAGAAGGCAAGGCAGCAGCAGCAGCAGCAGCAGCAGCCGGGGCUUGAUGUAAACACGCCGCUCGCAGGGCUUUGUUCCACACACUCCGCUGGUAUCCCCCAUCUAGUCAUGCCAUGGAUAUUUUGUGGCAAUACCAGUUCAGAAUCAUUUUACUCGGGGAUUCGACAGUGGGGAAGUCGUCGUUGCUGAAACGCUUCACGGACGGAAUUUACAGUGAUGUUGCGGAUCCCACGGUCGGGGUAGAUUUCUAUGCCCGCUCGCUCGAUAUCGAGCCCGGGGUGAAAAUUAAGCUUCAGCUCUGGGACACAGCCGGCCAGGAACGAUUCAGGUCCAUCACGACAUCAUACUACCGUAACUCCGUGGGUGGGCUUCUGGUCUUUGAUCUCACCAAUCGCAAGACCUUUGACCAUGUGAGGGAGUGGCACAAGGAGGUGAGUGAGCACAUCCUGCCCCACCACAUGGUCUACAUCCUCAUCGGCCACAAGAGCGACCUCAACAAGGACCGCAAGGUGAGCCGGGAUGAGGCGGAGCAGCUGGCGGCUGAGAUGGGCAUCCGAUACGUGGAGACGUCGGCCAAGUGCAACAGCAACGUGGACCGGGCCUUCGAGCUGCUGACCAGAGACAUCUACGAGCUGAUGAAGAUGGGGGAGAUUGUCACCCGUGAUGGCUGGGACGGCGUGAAGAGUGGCCUCACUGCCAAGGUCCUCUACCCAGCCGACGACGAAGAGGAACUACCUACGGCGGUCGCUGAAAAGGGCUGCCACUGCUGACUGUGAAGUCUCCGCGUCCAAACGCUGCCCCCGCCCCCGCCCCCGUCACACCGAGAGCUCCGCUCGUCUCACAGCUGUCCAUCGAAACCAAGUCACUCAGGCUCAGCACCCUGCGAUAUCGCCAUCCCAUCACGUCCUCACCUUGUGCUUCGUGCCCUCUCUCUGUGUGGGUUCUUCUGACAACCGGGGUUCUUUUCUAACGGGGCGGCAUUGUACAUCCUGAUGCGUAUCUUAUAGGCAACGUUGUAUCUCUAAAUCCAUGUGGUGUAUAGCAUAAGCUGAGCUGUUUUUGGCCUUGGUAGGUUUGUAAAAACACAGAAAGUGUGCAGAGGGGAUCAGGUCUUGGGGCUUAGAACCCUCAAGUUAAUGGACUCCACUGAAGAUACAGAUACAUUUCAUACAGCACUAUUGUGGGUUUCUACCUGUCAACAUUUGUGCAAUGCUUUGCCUGCAAUCUUUUGUGACUGUAAUAUUGUAAAUAAUAGUGAAAUCUAUUUGAAAAAGGUGACGAGAGCCAAAAUGUUACUGUAAGCUAUUUAAAGGCAGGGUUGGUAAUGUUGAAAAGCUAGCAAGGUUUGAAAGUAGCAUCUCGUCGGGACUCCGUCUAACCCCUCCUGCUGCCCUCAGGGCUCCGCCUAACCCCUCCCCCCUGACCUCGGGGCUCCGUCUAACCCCUCCCGCUGCCCUCAGGGCUCCGUCUAACCCCUCCUGCUGCCCUCAGGGCUCCGCCUAACCCCUCCCCCCUGACCUCGGGGCUCCGUCUAACCCCUCCCGCUGCCCUCUGGGCUCCGUCUAACCCCUCCCCCCUGCCCUCUGGGCUCCAUCUAACCCCUCCCGCUGUCCUCUGGGCUCCGUCUAACCCCUCCCGCUGCCCUCAGGGCUCCGUCUAACCCCUCCCCCCUGACCUCGGGGCUCCGUCUAACCCCUCCCACUGCCCUCUGGGCUCCGUCUAACCCCUCCCGCUGCCCUCUGGGCUCUGUCUAACCCCUCCCCCUGCCCUCAGGGCUCCGUCUAACCCCUCCCCCUGCCCUCUGGGCUCUGUCUAACCCCUCCCCCUGCCCUCAGGGCUCCGUCUAACCCCUCCCCCUGCCCUCAGGGCUCCGUCUAACCCCUCUGCACACGCACUGCUGCUUCGCUGCUUCAGUGCACAGCGGAGAAAGGAACGCAAUUUUACUUCAUGUCUCAUUCACCGGUAAGCAAAGCUAAUAUUAUCACACAAAUGUUUAAAACAAACAUGACUGCUGUUAGCAAUGUGGCGACGCGCAUUGAGCUCAGGCUCGUACACGGGAGGGGUAGAGUAUGAGCAGCGGCAGUUAGCACAUCAGUUAUUUACUGCUGUCGGGGUGUAAAGACCAUUUCAAGCAAUAUAUAAAAAAGUGUAUUUCGGAAAUAGUUACCAACCCUGCCUUUACUUGCUAGUGUGAAAAGACAGUGCACUCUACAGUAAGUGUCACCAUGUUAAAUCAGUGUGCUCCUCCUGCUACUGUAAGCUGUAUGUGCACUUGCGCCAAACUGACUUAAACCUUUGAUCACUCUGUAAAUAGAUGAAUACGUUUUUGUAAAGAAAUAUAGAUUAUUUCUAGUUAAGGUGUAUAAAUAAAGGUCAAUGUAUUUAGGGUAGGUGGUCCCAUUUAGGUAUUUGUAUCAUAGCUGAAACAGGAGCAAGGCAUCCAGUGGGUUACCUCUCAGUCAUCAGACCUUUAAUGACGUCCUCAACGGUAGCAAAGAUGUGUUUGACUUAGAACAAAAGGGAGUUAGAAUUUCAUCUGCAGCUGUUUGUAGCUUAUGCAAACAGCUGUUCAUUUUGUUCAAAGCUUAAUUCACAAAAAUAAUAUAAAAGCCUAUACUUUAUGCAGUGUUCCAGUGGGGUCAGUAGGAAAUUUUGGUUCAGGUCUGGAAAAAAGUCAGGCUUCCAAGUAGAAAACCUUGGCAACAUUUAUCAAACCUGAGAUGAAACAUUGUCAUUGCAGCAUAUAUUGCAAAAGCCAAUUAGCAUAUCUUUUUACAUGUUUUUUACAGUCCUCCAAACCCACUACAGUUUAGGAUUGAGUUUUGGCAAAGGACAUUUCCUGCCUGACAAAAUGCUUGAUUUGAUCUCUGCAGGGCCUUAAAUGAAUAGUUCAGCAGCGUUUUCACUGUGUUUCCGAGAGUUAGAUCAGAAUAUUGAUCCAUCUUAGACAAGAGACGGGUAUCAAUGCUCUCAUCGUACUUUCUCAAGGGAAGCAAAUAAGUGAGUAUUUCCCAACAUUUUGAAAUGUGUCCUUAAAAGCUAUCAAAAUGCCUGUUCUUACUCGUAAAACUCUGACAGAAGUGAUUGCCUGCAUCCAUUGACUUUCAAGGCCAGGAUUUUUAAUAAAGGGCAGGGUCCAUUGUUCUUUUUUGUUUAUUUUUUAGGUUUUAAUAACAUUUUGUAGCUUCCGAAUAGUGUUCCUCAUGGAUUCAAAUCCAACAUUCAUAUUUUCGAGUAUGUUUUAAGUAUGUUUUAGCAUCAAAAUACUGUUUCCCAAGCCCUUCUAAAAACGUAUGCCGUUGUGGUUUCUGUCUGAUGGCGUUGCUUCAGUACAGUAUAGUAGGCCUACAGUACAGUACAGUAUAGUAAGCGUACAGUACAGUACAGUACAGUAUAGUAGGCAUACAGUACGGUAUAGUAGGCCUACAGUACAGUAGGUGUACAGUACAGUAUAGUAGGCCUACAGUACAGUACAGUCUAUUACAGUAAGUUGGGUGGCGGUCGGCACGGUGGCCCCAUGUUUUUGGAGAAGCAGACAGGAAGCUAAGCAAUGUACUGCUUUGGACGCCACGUUAAUCUCUAUCUUUUUAAGUGUACGCUAUACUUAGAAUAUUUUCACUGCUUUACCUUGCCGCCAGACGGCGCUUUCCGACAGGAAACUGAAGCCGUUAUCUAUGCUCUCCUCAAAUUCCCCGGAUUUAUUUGACAAAAACAGCAAUUUUACCUCGCAGAACACCCACUAACGCUGCCUAAUCCACAGCAGGACAUUUCUGUUUGUUAUUUCCAAACUUAGCACAGCUAACGUUGACUCAGCUGGUGCUAGCGUUCACAUUCAUAACCUAAUUGAUUACUGUGGUAACCUACAUCACUGCUUUUUACUGUGGGCGUUUCCAUUUGAAAAAUCCAGGGAAAAAAUGCACAUGGACUCUGCCUUUAACCCUAAUGUAAAUCUCAAUUUUAAAGCUGCACUUAAAGUUGCUGAAAUUCUUUGUUAACUAAGAAUUGUUGACAUACCAUACAUAACUUAAGCUUUUACAUGGGUAAGAGUACUUGGGAUUUACCGCCUUGUGACACUAAUAAUCCCAGCUGUAAUGGAGCCUGUGAUGAUCAGUGAAAUGCAUUUAUGAUGAAUGCAUGUCUGCCCACACCACUUCCAAACAUAGCAGUAGUUACCUUUAACACAGAGGAUUGUGUAUGCUUACAAGCCUCCCGAGGCUUUUGACUGCAGACGCUAUUAAUCUGUUGUUUACAGGCCUGGAGAGUACUAUAGACCAGUGGUUCUCAAAGUGGGGUCCAGGGACCUUGAGGGGUCCUUGAGGGGGUUCCAGGGGGUCCCCAGCAAAAAGGGGAAUCAUUUAUUUAAACUAUAAUUCCAUCCACAAGUAACACAAUGUAUGACUUUGUUGGUCAUGGUUAACACUUUCUGUAAUAAUAAAUCUCUGCUAUAGACUACAGUACACCCCCCCCUUCAUCUUUCACCAGCAUCGUGUAAAAACACCUGUUCACACCCACACUGUAAACUGCAGGAGAUUAUGCAUUCUGGAGUUUUUACUUUGCAUUCAUGUGACUAAAUUGACUUUUUUUGUUUUAUCUAUGACUUGUUAAAGCUGUAUGGGUGAGCCAGUAAUUCUACGGUAAUACAUCUGCACCAUCCCUUUAUUUUUACUUCUCUCUACAGAUUCAAACUGUAUGCUUCCUUGUUAUAGCUGUUAUAGCCCGGUUUAAAUACAGUAAUACAGUGUAUGUACACUGUAUGUGUUUUUGUUCCUCUGACAAUCAGAUGUUAACAUUUCGUGUGCUCGGCUCAGGUGAGGACUUCGUCACAUGCCAUAUGCCACAUGCCUUGAAAUCUGGUUAAAUGUUCUCGCAGCAUCUCAAAUCACCAUUUGACAGCCAGUCUGUGUUUAAUACUACAACUACCUUUCUCACUUUUGUCUCUUGUCAGAACAGGGUUAAAGUGUAUGAUAUUGUUUGAAUUUGUAUGUUAAUACUGUGCUGUACACAUCAGAAGGGCCCGUUGCGCUGCACCGUGUGAAGAUGGCCGCCGCCCAGCGUUGGAAAGCACUGGUUACAUUUAAAGGACAACACUGGAAAGACACCAAGAAGAAAAGGCUUUUUGAAAGACUGAAACUGCUUAUUUAACUGUUACUAGACACUUCUUUAUCCAGCAAUGAUAUAAGCCUAUAGUUAAAAAUAAUGAAUAAAAUGGACUAAUCAUAGAAUGUACAACAGUGACCAUCAUGUGUAACAACCAUGACAAAGAUGGUGCCACAGUCAACCUUCAGUCCAGAUCCAGCCUCUCUCUUGAUGUAAUCUUAAAGCAGUAGUUCAACAUUUUGGGAAACACAUGUAUUUGCUUUCUUUCUGAGAAUUAGCUGAGAAGAUUGGAACCACUCAGUAAGUACAGAACUGGAGCCAGGAGCCGAUUGGCCUAGCUUAGCGUACAAACUGGAAGCAGGGGGGACAGCUAGCCUGGGUCGGUCUAAAUUUCAAAAUACGCCCAUCAACACCCCUAAAACUCAUGAAUUAACACGAUGUAUCAUGUUUGUUUACGGAAGAGUAAAUAUGACAGAAAUAUUUGGCGGGAUAAACUGUUCGUCAGGAAAUAGUUACAGCAUGUAACUCCCAGUAAAACCACAAAUUCUGUCUGUGUUCUGUUGGUGUAUAGGUUAAACCGACAAGAUACAAUGAGUAGUGAGCUUUAGAGGUGUUGGUAUUGGUAUUUCUGCAUUUCCAAAUAGCUGUUUGACUGUAUUUUCUGGCUCUAUGCUAAGCUAGGCUAACUGUAUCUUGACUCCAUGUAGCUGCAUACAUAACACACAUGUUUGUGUAUAUCAAUUUCCUCAUAUCUCAGAAAGAAAGUGGGUAAGUGAAUUUCCUAAAAUGUUGAAAUAUGCCUUUAAUGGUGGUGUGCUUUUUAUGUAUGUCCACAGGAAUGAUCAAACCAACCCACUGAUAGGGCUUUUGUACCAGAAGACAUCCACAGCUGUAAGACCUGCAGGAUGGUACAGAGCACCAAACUGUUCAGCUCUUCAUCCCCAUGGUCACAUUACACAGCUUAUACAGUUAUUUUAUACAUCAUGUAUAAGGGAUAUGCCUUUUAUUUGAUGUGAUUUUAUUGAUUGGUUAAAAAAUAAAUAGAUGUACAAUGAG